AUGGUUGACGCGAGGAGCGUCUUCGAUCGAAUGAAAACGCAGGAUGUUGUGUCGUGGAGCUCCAUGAUUCUGGGAUACGCCGAGAGUGGCCGUGGAGACACUGCUCUGGAGCUCCUGGAGAGAAUGCGAGACGAUGGAGUUCGCCCAAACGCGGUGACUUACCUUGCAGCUCUCAAGGCCUGCGCCAACUUUCCAGGAGAUCUUUCGAAAGCUCGAGACGUUCACUCGGGGAUUCUAAGGUCCGGCAGCGAGUCCAACGGAUUCGUGGCGAACGCUCUGGUCGAUCUCUAUGGAAAAGUCGGCAGCAUGACCCAAGCUCAGCUUGUUUUCGAUGGAAUCGCGAUCGCCCACGACGACGCCGCAUCGUGGAACGCGCUGAUUCUCGGCUAUGCCGAGGGUGGCGACGAAGAACAGGCCUUGGAGACGUUUGAGUCGAUUGAAAGGCUCGAGAGAAGCAACGCUGUGACUUACCUCGCAGCGCUCAAGGCCUGUGUAAACUUGGCAGGAAAGAGCCCGAGUUCCAGUCCGAGCUCUUCGAGCCCGAGUUCCACCACCAUGAUCUCCGCCUACGUCGAGGGUGGCGAGAACGAGCAAGCUCUCGCCCUCUUCGCUCGAAUGGAGCUCGCGCAAAUCCCAGCCCCUCUGAGCCCAGUGACUUAUCUCACAGCGCUCAAGGCCUGCGCGAACCUGGGAGCUCUGGCGGCGGGAAGAUCGAUCCACGCGAAGAUCUGCCGGCGAGGAUUCGAGAGCGAGCUGCUAGUGACCACCGCACUGAUCGAUUUCUACGGGAGAUCCGGGAGCUCGCGCGACGCGGAGGCGGUAUUUGAUGCCGCGGCUGCCGCUAGAGACCUCGCGAUGUGGAACGCUCUCGUGGGAGCUCACAGCCACCAAGGCAAGAUCGAUCGCGUGCUGGAUUCCCUCCAGGGGAUGGAAGCCGAGCAGGGCCUCCGACCAAACCGAGUGACCUUCGUUUCGAUUCUCGCGGCGUGCGGCCACGCCGGGCUCGUCGACCAAGGGCGACAGUUCUUCCGCGAAAUGCGGGACGUGUACGGCAUUGUCCCCUCCGAGGAGCACAUUAGCUGCGUCGUGGAUCUCCUUUGUCGGGCGAAUCGAUUGGACGAGGCGGUGGGGAUGUUGGAAUGCCAGCGGCCGAGGCCGGGAUUUGUGACGCUCAUGGGCGCGCUGGGCGGAUGCCGCAAGUGGGGAAAUGCCCGCGUCGCGAGGGCGGUGUUUGAUCUCAUUCUGGGGCUUGAAAUCCCGGAGGAAGAUCGAGCUGCGGCAACUUUGCUCAUGGCUAGCGUUUGUGGAGAAGCCUAG